GGUUGCUCGAAGCCCCCACGUUAUUUCGUCUGCUAUCAUUGACACAUCACAGUCAUAUAAGAGUUAUCUAACUUAGUUUCAAUGUUGGAGCCAUUUUAACAGAUCGAUUCUUUUCAUGUUAAAUAAUACUCCAUGAACACCCUUUCAGCCAACGCAGACAAUUUAUGGUCGACACUUUGUAUCAAAUUGAAACAUAGUGUUGUAUUUAUUGAUAAUGUAUCUUCUGAAAUCCUCCAUUGGAAUGGUGGCCUCACAAGACUUGUAAAAGCUGGAGUUAAUGAUGUUAGAGAGUUUUCUUCUUUCGAGAGAGCUCUUCCUUCUCAGAAGAAAGGUGUUUUCAUUGUGAGCUCACUUCUCCAAAAUGUAACGGCUGCUGUCAUCCAAGAUAUAGUCCAAUCCAGCCAAUUUCAAUAUGUAAUUAUUAUCACAACUGUCAGCCCCUAUACUCAUGCCCUGUGCAAAAGCAGUUCCCAGGGAGCUGAUUUACCCAAUUCAGCUGGACAACAAAUAUUUCACCAAUUUGAAGACAAUGUAUUGGAGUGGCUUGGAAAUGUUAAUUAUACAGUUGACAUCACUCAUGUUCCAUUAUCCACAAUAACCGUGGGGGAAAACCUCUUUAUAAACCCCGCAUAUACUGAAAUGUUCCCUUUAUCAAAAGCAGAUGUGAAAGAGAUUGAUCUACGUAUUCGAGCUGCAAGACCAGAGAAAACAACGAGCUGUCUUCCAGAUUUGGAAAUUUCACAGUUGCCAAGAAAUUUACAAACAUUGUACAAAAUGUUUGUGUCAUCAUUUAAUGACAUUUUGGAACAACUCUCUGUAAAAGAAGACAUCUAUUCCAUUGGACAUACCAGUCGAUGUAUUGCUAUGGAAUUAGAAAACUAUGGACCUGCAAAAUCUCGACGAAAAAAUUGUGCCAGUAAAGCAUCAGUUAUUUUUGUGGAUCGUUCUUUGGACAUUGUUGGUGCUGUCGGUCAUCAGACAGAAACUCUCUUUGACAAAAUAUUGUCAAUUUUACCUUCAUUACCUGGACACAUCAUUGACCGUAAUAUAAACAUGGAAUCCAUGAGGCCAGAUUCAAAUGUUUCAGAAAAACCAGUAUCUUCUGAUGAACCUGCCAUUGCUCCAGGAUGUUUGGUUUCUGCUUAUGAUGAGCAUGAAAGGGAUCUCAUUAAUAUUCUUAUCAAAAAUAAUCAAAAGGAAGCAAUGUCAGAGAUUAACACCAGUAUUCUUCAAGCUGCAGUGGAAGAAAAGCUCCCUGUUAAAGUCGCUGUGAAUCGAAACAUUGUUGACAGUAUAAAAUCAAUACUUAAUUUGUUCAAGGGAAGAUAUGAUGUGAUUCAAAAACAUUUGGCAGCUAUACAAGUUGCUUUGGCUGCUAUACAAACGUCAAACCAUCCAUCUAAUAGUCAUUUUAAACAUCUUCAAGGAAUGGAAAAAGUUAUUUUACAAACUACAGCUGAAAAGAAUGUUUCUCCUUUGAGUGAAAUCUCUGAAAUAUUACGGAUGUGUCAAAGUGAACGACAUAAACCUCAUGAAGGAAGAUUAUACAGUCUAGAUGACAUAUGGUGUCUCCUUCUUUAUUGUUAUUCAUUGGCUGGGAAAGAUCGUUAUUUAUGGACAAAAGAAGAACAAGGCUUGCAGGCAGGCAUAGUGAAAGAAAUCCUUAUAGAGUUGAAGAAUUUACCUCCGAUAACAAAAGCACUUGUUAAAGAUAACCAUACUGAAGGUACAGUGUCAGUGAUAGUCCAAGGUGUGUGGGAAAAACUGAAAGGCCUUGGUGAUGCAAGAGAAGACCUCAAGCAGUUCAGUUCUAUUCUUAAGGCAGGAGAUGAAAGCAGUCCCCCUCAUUACAAAUCCAUCUUGAGACAAAUAGUUGAAUUAGUGUUUGAUCCAAAUAAAGUUGAAUUGGUUGAUGUUGAAUGUAAAACUGGUGGCCUCAAAGAUCUUCUGAAAACUGGUUUUGGGCUCUUUAUGAAUAUCUCAAAGCCAAGACCCAAUGACCAUCCCCUCUUGAUAAUAUACGUAAUUGGAGGAAUUACCACAACUGAAGUCAAACAAAUUAAAGACAUGAUGGCAUCUUUAAAGACAGAUACAAAGAUUUUAUUUGGGAGUACACAGCUUGUGAAUCCACUCAGUCUUGCAGUGUCAGUCUUAUGUGAAAAUAGAAUGAACCCUUGUAUAUAAAAAAAAAAUGAAGAAAGAAAUUUCUAAAUACAUAUACAUAUAUAUGUACAUGUGUAAUAAAACAAAGGUAUUGCUCAGCA